UGGCCUGCGCCAAAAAUUUUCUAAUAAAGACUAAAAUAUUUGAAGCUAAUUGUUGCUGGCACCUGUUUUUCCAACCUUAUCUCUGUGGUUCUUAACAGAGGGUAGAAGAUGGGGAAUUUUGACACGACUCUAGGGUGGUUUUGCUUGGUGUUGAUGCCUAUUCCUUGGUGGAGAACCUUUGAUGUCACAGAAAUAUGGACAGAAUGAAAUGCUUUGUGGAGGUCUUAAUAUUGUCUUAAACUGUAUCAGAGGAUAAUCUGUGUCAGCUGACAUGUCCCAAACCACGCGUCUAACCUGUGCUACAGGAAGGCUCCGGUCCAGGUUUCUGAAUCCCAGUUGGCAUGGAACUGAUAGGGAUGGAGGAGGCACAGGUGGUUGUAGAAGCCCCAACAGGGGAUCACAGGUAAGGAGGGAAACCUGGGAGAUGUUGGGAGCCCACUGAAAAGAAAGACCUCAGAACAAGGCAGGUCUGCUUAACUAGUGGAGGUGCGAGAAUUGCCUCGGGUCAUUGGGUGGGGGUUGGGAUGAGGCCUGACUUCCAAUUCAGACGGAGGGCGAGAGUUUUUAGCUGCCCUUCAGCUGAUUUGAAUACACACCUUACCUUACGGACACUAAGGAGGAGCUACUCCUUCUGGAAAGGAAGAGGUGGGUCUUUCCAACCCCACGCCCCUUGGAUGAUAAAACUGUGGCCCACCAGCUCCUCAGGCAGAGUUUCCUUGCCUGCCCGCCUGCCUUUCUUACAAGCGUCCUCUCCUGACAAAUCAGUUCCUUGCCCAUCCCUUUGUCUCUCGCUGAAUUCCUUCCACACGGAGCCAUGAAGAACCUGACCCUUGGCUGUGCGCAGACAUGCGCAAACCCACGUGCUACGCAUUUAUAUAUGCCGAACAAUCUAGACCACAAGAACUGAAAGAAUUUCUCUGACCUGGCGACGAAGCUAUUCGGUGAAGAUGCUCCUGGUCUGGCAAGGCCUGUGGAAGUGGACAGAGGAGGGACAACAGAGCCGAAAGGACAGUAUUGUAUGAAGCCGCCAUGUCUAAUCAUCCUUGGUGACAAGCAGAGAAGUCAGCGGUGGGCUACUGUGGUGCUCGGAGAUGCACGUAUCAGCACAACAGGCUGAGGAGCAACUCAUGGGAAAACAUGUUUCCAAAUCAUCAAAGCCAAGAGUUUAGGAGCUACACAAUUUUCCCCUGCUUCAUCUUUGUAGAGAUGGUGAUCAUGGCAGGGACGGUGAUGCUGGCGUACUACUUCGAGUACACGGACACGUUCACCGUGAACGUGCAAGGCUUCUUCUGCCACGACAGCGCCUACCGCAAGCCCUACCCGGGCCCGGAGGACAGCAGCGCCGUGCCCCCGGUGCUCCUCUACUCGCUGGCCGCCGGGGUCCCCGUGCUCGUGAUAAUCGUUGGAGAAACUGCUGUGUUUUGCCUACAACUGGCCACAAGGGAUUUUGAAAACCAGGAGAAAACUAUUUUAACUGGAGACUGUUGCUAUAUAAACCCACUGGUGAGGAGAACUGUCCGAUUUCUUGGAAUUUAUACCUUUGGACUGUUUGCUACAGAUAUCUUUGUAAAUGCCGGGCAAGUGGUUACAGGAAAUCUGGCCCCGCAUUUUCUCGCCCUGUGUAAACCCAACUACACGGCGCUUGGCUGUCAGCAGUAUACGCAGUUCAUCAGUGGGGAAGAAGCGUGCACGGGCAACCCGGAUCUCAUCAUGAGAGCAAGGAAAACGUUUCCAUCCAAAGAAGCAGCCCUCAGUGUCUAUGCAGCCAUGUAUCUGACAAUGUAUAUCACCAACACAAUCAAAGCCAAAGGAACAAGACUCGCUAAGCCUGUUCUGUGCCUGGGCUUAAUGUGCUUGGCCUUUCUCACUGGACUCAACAGAGUAGCAGAGUAUCGAAAUCAUUGGUCUGAUGUGAUAGCAGGCUUUCUGGUUGGAAUAUCUAUAGCAGUAUUUCUGGUCGUGUGUGUGGUAAAUAAUUUCAAAGGAAGACAACCAGAAAAUGAGCAUAUACACACGGAUAACCUGGCACAGAUGCCUAUGAUCAGCAUUCCUCGAGUAGAAAGUCCUUUGGAAAAGGUAACAUCUGUACAGAACCACAUCACUGCCUUUGCGGAAGUCACAUGAUAUUGAUGCCGACGGGCUCUCCCUGCACUGGACAUCGUCUGUUUUCACCACCCAUUCCAAGUGUGUUUGAUUACAAAAAAAAAAAAAAGCUUAUAACAUUGUCUAAUAAUUUCUAUCAUUUAAGAUUCAGUGUCACCGUAUCUGUGUCCCCCACUAGACUGUGAGCUCCUCGAGGGCAGGACUGUGUCUUUCUUCUCUGUCUCCCCAGCACCUGCAGCAAAACCUCACACAAAGUAGGUGUUGCCUACAAAGUGAUGCCCCAUGAACAAAUUCUGAAAUAAAGUGUUCACUUUACUUUCUCAUAGAACCACCUGAGACGAUGAGAAAAGAAACCUUUACCCAAGUCAUAUUUCUGUAAAAAAAAUCCCUCCAUCUUGAGCUCGUUAAGCUUUUUAAUUUUUCGUAGAUGUUCUAUUCAGCAGUAUACCGUGUUUCAUUGAAUGGACUUUGAAAGUCAUGGGGGCGUUUAUUUCACUAUUCAGCAUGACCUUAUUUCCGUUCUAACAGAUUUCAGUGUGUGACGUUACUUUACUUUUAGAAAGUAUGUUCUCUACUAAAAUGAUGUUUGCACAUAAUAUUACGCUAUAUUUCACUUAAAAUACCAUUCCUACUAUAAAUUCUAAGACUGGUGCUUCUGCUUUUGAAGGGGAAAAUGCCAAUUUUUACUGUAAUAUGUAAUGUAUCAUAAUUAAAAAUUAUUUAUUUGGAUUUCUGUUCCUGACAGUUGUGGUUUAAUUGUUGACUUAUAGUUUUUAAAUGCAGGCAGUGUUUAGAAUAGCCUACAUGACUAAAUCCAGCAAUGGUACCUGUUUAUUGAGCAAUUUUCUACUGACAAAAAUGUCGCAAGAGUGGUCAAAGGCUCCAUUCUUAGGCUUUUUACCAGUCAAGUUUCCACAUAAUUUAAAUAGGAAAGAACCACAUCCAAACAGUCUAAUUUAAAUUAUCCAAAUACAAAUGUUGUUAAUGUCUUUUACUUUGCAUAUACGUAGUACUUUGUAGUUUACAAAGUACAUUUUCAUUUAUUAUUUCAUUUGAUCUUCACACGAACCCUGGCUCAACAUGAAGAGUGUGGCUUUAGUUGGACAGACGAGGAAAAUGAAGACAAGGCAGAAUAAACAGUCUACCCAGCUCCACACUACUAGUCAGAGGCACUUAAAAUUUCAAUUCGGCUUUUCUGACCCUGAACUAGU